AUGGAAAUAAUUGGGAAUUUUCUUGCGGUAAAAGUUCAAACAGGAAUCGAAAACCCUAGAAGGCAUCCCGAUCCCGAACCUAACCCAAAAGUUUCGUCAACUCGAACGCUCGAUGUUCCGAACCUCGGGUUGUAUUUCCCGACAAGGGCUACUCUUCAAGAGUUGGAAUUUGGUGCGGUGGUGACCAUUGAUGCGACCUUAUUCGAUGGUGGUUCGGUUGAUGAUUCACCACUUGGAAAAGCACAAGGGGUGUAUGUUGCAAGUUCAGAAGGUGAUGCUGGUCACAUGAUGGCGAUGACUACGGUUUUCGCCGAUGGCGGGUUUAAAAACGGGUUAAGGUUUUUCGGGUUGCACCGGAGAGAUGCGUCGGAGUCUCAUAUUGCUCUCAUUGGUGGCACCGGGAAAUAUACCGGUGCAAAUGGUUAUGCAACAGUUAAAGUUGUGAAACAAGGAGUUAACAAGCUUCUUUUGUUCAAUGUUUAUCUCAGUUAA